UGCAUGCAUCACAAGAGGUGUAGUAAAAGGCAGAUGCUUUCUUUGCUUUAUAAAUAUGCUUUAAGAAGUAGAACCCAAAGAGUAUGAGAAUUGAUGCUUCCAAUGCUGCUGUUCAGCUCAGCCUUCCUUCCAGUUCUCAUGGAAUUUUGACAUUGAAUACAAUCUCUUCAAAGCAGUGAUGCCAUUUAUUUACAGUGUGCUGCUUGUGUUCAUGGCUGCAUCCCUCAGACCUGUUCCAGUAUGCUGGUUUCUAUCCUUUUAAAACCAGACCUACACAGAAUCAUUUAAAAAACGAUUGUGAAGGUUUGUUUGUAGGUCAUACAGCAUUUAAAAGUUGUAUUCAUGGUUUGGGAGGGAUGUGUAAAUACAGUUGGGGGCUUAGUGCUGAGUGCAGUCUGACAGCUUAAUUAAAAGAGAGGAGGUGGCAAAGUUCCUUGAACGGAGCCUUUGUAGAUCCUUUUGUUGAGAGAAAAUGAAGUUUCUUGUUAACUCAGUCUGUUUAGUUCUGAGAAGUUAUAAAUAACCUGUUCUGUGUAACUGGGUUAACUUGUGAAUACCUGCAUGGAAAGAUGGGGGGACAGAAGGAAAACGUUCACGUGUGCGGUAGUUGUACUUCAUUUUCCAACAACUCACAUUGUUAAUUUACUGCCAGAUUAUAAUCAGUUUUUCAAUUUAGGGGUACAGAAGUUGGUCAUUUGUGUAAAUGGAAAUUUAUUGAACUUGGCUCUUAAAUUCAGCUUUACCAACACAUACCUAAAAGUGGUAGUGCAGCAGCCAUGCACUCUGCAGAUGAUGGCCUUAGGACUGACAGGUGUUGGAUUCAAUAUGUGUACGAAGAGAAAACGGAGCAGUCUUUUAGCUGGAGCAGUCCAUGAAGCUGAUUAAGGCUCAGAUUUGCCUAUCUUUAUGCUCCUGCUGUACUUUCAGGUUUCCCAGCACAAACAUAAAGAUAACAUUCACUGCUCUGUCCAAUGAGAAGAGAGAAAAACAGGAGGCCCCGGAGUCCCCAGUGAAGCCUGUGCAACCCCAGAUCUCUCCCUUAACGAUAAACAUUCCAGACAACAUGGCUCACCUGAUCAGCCCUCUCCCUUCUCCCACAGGAACUAUCAGUGCUGCAAAUUCCUGCCCAUCUAGCCCCCGUGGUGCAGGCUCUUCAGGGUACAAAAUGAGUCGUGUGAUACCAUCUGACCUACAUUUAAUGGCUGACAAUUCUCAGUCAGAAAAUGACAAGGAGGCAUCGGGUGGAGACAGCCCAAAGGACGACUCCAAGCCACCUUACUCCUAUGCACAGUUAAUAGUACAAGCAAUUACAAUGGCACCUGAUAAGCAGCUUACACUAAAUGGAAUCUAUACGCACAUAACUAAAAAUUAUCCAUACUACAGGACAGCAGACAAGGGCUGGCAGAAUUCAAUACGUCACAAUCUCUCUCUGAAUCGUUAUUUCAUCAAAGUACCACGUUCCCAGGAAGAACCAGGCAAAGGCUCAUUCUGGAGGAUAGACCCUGCCUCUGAAAGCAAAUUAAUAGAGCAGGCUUUUAGGAAAAGGCGGCCUAGGGGAGUACCUUGCUUUAGAACCCCUCUGGGACCACUCUCUUCUAGAAGUGCCCCAGCCUCUCCUAAUCACUCUGGAGUGCUGUCUGCACACUCCAGUGGAGUCCAGACCCCCGAGAGUCUGUCCAGGGAAGGAUCUCCAGUCCCAAUGGAACCUGAGCCUAGUGCUAUCCAGCCAAAACUAGCGGUAAUACAAGAAGCACGAUUUGCACAGAGUGCCCCAGGAUCACCUCUAUCUAGCCAACCAGUUUUAAUUACUGUACAACGGCAGCUACCACAAACUAUUAAACCCGUCACCUACACUGUUGCAACUCCUGUGACAACAUCAACAUCCCAGCAGCCUGUAGUUCAGACAGUUCAUGUUGUUCACCAGAUACCAGCUGUGUCUGUCACAAAUGUGACUGGAUUAGCACCAGCAAACACUUACACUGUAGCUGGACAGGCAGUAGUCACGCAAGCUGCAAUGGUAACCCAGCCCAAGGUAGAACCUCAAGAGAAUGGAGACCACAAGGAAGUAAAAGUGAAAGUGGAGCCUAUACCUGCUAUUAGCCAUGCUACAAUCGGAGCUGCUAGUCGUAUCAUUCAGACAUCUCAGACUACACCUUUACAGACAGUCACUAUAGUGCAACAGGCACCUCUAGGUCAACACCAGCUACCAAUAAAAACUGUAACGCAAAACGGAACGCACAUAGUACCCAUCACCACUGCAAUACAAGGGCAGGGCAAUGCUGCUGCUGCAAGUCCUUUGCAUAUGUUGGCAACCCACGCGUCCGCCUCAGCAUCGCUUCCAACAAAGCGCCAGAACGGAGACCAGUCGGAACAGCAGGAACUGAAACGUAUCAAAACAGAGGAUGGGGAGAGCAUAGUGAUAGCUGUUAACGUGGACACCCCGCCUGUGGCAGUGAGCGAUAAAGGCAGCCAGAACUAGAAACUUAGAGUUUGCUUUCUUUCUUUCUUUCUUUUUUUUUUUUUUUUUUUUAAACAAACAAAAACAAAAAAAAACACACAAAAAAAAACCAACCAACAACAAACUCCGUGGUGCCAAAAGGAGACACUUAAAUAUAACACCUAAAAUCUUGGAACAUGUUCUCACGCAGUGGGGAAAGGGGCCCUGUGAUCAGACUUCAACGUUCAGCACUGAAAAAUAAACCAACACAGGUGGCCUUAAAACUUGGUAACUUAAAGUCAAACUGCAAAACAUGUUGUUCCAGAGGCUGUGACCCCGCUCCUCCCUGCCCCUAUGAACUGUGUGCGCUGAGAAGUACAGUGCUGGGGAGGGCUGCAGCUUUAAAAAAGUCUUUAUCAGAUGAUUUUAAGGACUGAGCAUCUCAGUGUAACGGCAGCAUGAUAAGCGCUUAGUGUGAACUGGUUUCAAACGAUUGUAUAUUCCUCAAAGGGAACAGAGGCAAGGAGCCAUUUCCUACAUCUUGGCAGCUAGCCUUUCAUAAUGACCUACCCAAUGCAGUUGUUGGUAGAUAUGCAGUAUUUUGUUGUUCACAUGUGGAAUUAGAAAUUUUUGAGGUGUAUUUUCAUUUCUUUGCAAAACGAUGGGGUCUUUGACAUUUCAAAUCACUCCAUUUCUACUCCGGAAACUUUGGAAUCACACAAUACUUUUCAUGUGAAAUUUUGUUUGGUAAAAAACUGAAUGUAGGGUUUUUUUAACCGACGGAAUGAUUUACUUUUGUCUGUCCUCUUAAAGUUCAGAUAAAGCUACUUUAUUACAUCUGCAAAUUUUCAUAUUUUAGCAGUUGCCUGAUAAAUUUAAUCAAAUUUUAUUACCAUGUGUAGUGAUCAAAUGCUUCUUUGGGCUUGCAUGUAACUGAUUAGAAAUUACGAUGUAAAUGAGCCGUUAACUGACGUAAAGAACUGCUAUGAAUUUGACCAGAGCUGCACUUAUCUGUUUCUCUCUCUGCUACCUUUUGCUGUUUGUUACUUUGUGUUGACUUUGACUGUCCCUGGCAUAUUUUUCCAGUCUAAAGUAAAACGAGAGUCUCGCUUAAUAUUGUGUAUGUUUAAGAUAACAGACUGUUCUUCAUUUAGAAAAGAUGAAGUUCUUUAUCACGAGUCCUUUUAAAAAGAGAGUUAAAAUUAUCUUGUCAGAGGUAUAUUCGAUAUUUUUAAGCUUAAGCACCCAUCUGUAGGAAUUAAUCUGACCAGUUUUCUCCGUAACACUUCUGAUGUCAAACACUGACCCGGGUCUCCAUCCACAGUAGCUGUUGUGGUUUUCUAACAGUGGCUACCGAAUGAUUACAAUAAAGAAGACUUAAGUGUGUGUUCUGCAGUUGAACAUUUUAAAAUGUAGUGGCAAUUUCUCACUUUAAUUGUGGUAAUAGAUUCCACUUUACAGUAAAAAACGCGAGCUGAGCGCGAGGCUGCUGUUCAGUCUUCAGUUCACAUCAUGUCUUAUUUCUUCACGCAGCACAGUGAGUGAGCGCUGCACAGCUGGCUUGAUUUGAACCUGAUUUUUGUCACUUUCUGUAAUAAUGAUGCAUUAUUUAUAUUUCCUUUUCCGCUACGAAAGGAAAAGAACUGUGUUUUCUCGACGGACUGAACAGUUUGGAGUGGUUUAUUGAGGCAGCUUUUGGAACUAUUUACCUAAAGACCAAAUACGAGAAAUCUGUACAAGUUUUGUGUUCAUCCACAAAAUGGAACUGUUACAAUGAUGUCUCUGCAGAUAAUACAUAUUAAAAAUCUAUUUAAAAAAACCAACAACAGAACUCUACACAAGCUGAAUUUAUAACAGGCAUUUAAAACAAAGAGCAUAACCUGAAAAAAAACCAUUUCUGUAAAACUGCAAGAUUUUCUUUAGAGGUUUUAAAAAUAAAAAAGUAAAGUUUUAACAUACUUUUUUUAAGAAAACAAAAUCCAGUACUAGUAAUUUAAUUUGGUGUUGAAUGAAUCGAUUAGAAUGUGGUUUAUUUUCAGAAGUGAGAAUCUGUUCACAACUAGGGCUAGGUGAAUAAUAGUGUAUAAGAUUUUUUUAAAUAAAAUUAAAUUUUAUUCAGCAAA